AUGGCUGAACGGGGCACAAGACCAGAGGGGCUCGCUCCCGUACCCGUCGCGCCGCCCGACCUCAAGAUCAAACCCCCGAGCCCCUUGGCCCUGGCCAAGAAAGUCGACAUGGAGGCCAAGACCGCCUGGAACUCCAAGAACUUAGGCCUGCGUUUGGGCGCCGACCUGUUCAGCGCAGCCUGCGCCGGCACCUUGGUCGCGCCCCUCGUGUCCAUCAUUGAUCGCUCCAUCAUGGAAAACGCCUCGGGCCGCCGCGGCCUCGGCGACUGUGUCCGCUCCUGCCUCCAAGAACUUGUCCUCCGUCCCCACCACGUCGUCUUCAGCAAGCCCUUCGCCCUCAUAUUCGCCCUCUACGGCGGCACCUACCUGACGGCCAAUACGUUAGACACGGCCUCCUCGACCGUCCACAACCGGCCCGCCACCGAGGUCACCGCCGGUACCGCAAAGUUCGCCGCCUCGAGCACUGCCAACAUCGGCAUCUGCAUGUACAAGGACCAGGUUUUCGCCCGCAUGUACGGCCCCCCCGGCGUUAGCCCCCGGCCCGUCCCCGCCCUCACCUACGCGCUCUUCACCCUGCGCGACUGCAUGACCAUCUUCGCGAGCUUUAACGUCCCGCCGCGCCUCGGCCCCUGGCUCAACAGCCGCAUGAGCGACGAGAUGGCCCGCAGGGUCAGCGGCUUGACCAUCGUCCAGUUCGCCUCCCCGGCCAUGGUCCAGCUCGCCAGCACCCCGCUGCACCUGCUCGGCCUCGACAUCUAUAACCGGCCCAACGCCCAGGCCAGCCCCGUCUCCUGGGCUAACCGCUGGCGCUCCGUGGCCAAGAACUGGGGCAUCAGCACCAUGGCCCGUAUCUGCCGCAUCAUCCCGGCCUACGGCAUUGGCGGUGUUGUCAACCGCAAGGUGCGCCUGAGCCUCAUGGACAAGAUUGAGACGAAACCGUGA